AUGGAUUGGGCCCGCGAUAACGCGGGAUUAAGUGACAAAGAUCUGGAUACUGUCUUCAGGAACGUCCGGAUAUCAAUGGGUCGGUAUCCGGCCUGUUUGGCCAAACGCACCGGAGAACCGUUGUUCGGAAGCAUGAAGAAAGUCCACUCUGAUGACUGGCUUGACCGCAUCAACGCAGAGAUGCCAGGGCGGCCCACUACGCAGAGGACUCUGACAUUUGCGUCAUUAGCUGAGAAAGUUCGAACAGCGCACCCAAGCAUAGGGAGUGCGAAUAUGAGUAGCCGAAAGAGUGUCCGGACAUUGCCAUUCUCAAAACACAUAUUCCGACUUAUCACCAAGAAAUUCUACACCCAUAGUUCGAUAGCUCGGGACAUAAGCCGUGCGGAUAUUCCGGUAUUUUCUAGUGCAGCAAUCGAGAUGGGGGGACCCGAUCGGCAAGCAUAUCCUGCCUAUGUGUACAAUUGCCGCAGUAGUAAUGCAUGGGAGAUGGAUCUCGCGCUGACCGCUACGUACUUCCCUCAUUGCGGCUUGACCUUUGCUAUUUUGUUUGGAUGCCCAUUGUCGGUGGAAGAGGAGAUUGUGAAGCGCUUGACUUUUGCUACGGCCGAAGCUGCCCAUCCCCUUCUUAUGCCGGGGAUAUUCGCAGAACUCGAAAGGUCUAGACACGUGCAUGUCGUAGAAGCCACGAUUGACGAGCUGGAGACCAAGAUACUAGAGCUGGACAUCCAGUCGGACAGAGAAGGUAUGCUGGAUUCCGAGGUAGAAAGGCGAAAUCAGGAGAAGAGAUCUGCGUGGCUAGACACGACAUACCUCAGAAACGGACUGAUAAGUUGGAACACCCAGCUAGUUAAGAUGAGCAAUCAUGCGGACGAACUCAAGACCACAGUGUUCAAACUUACUAAAUCUGAUCGAGUAGUUGCACGUACGAGCUUUGGAACUAGUGACGGUAUAUGUGAAGUGUCAAGCAGCUUAAGAGAUUUCAAGGCUAGCGGAUCGCUAUUGUCCAAGCAUUCUGAGGUAUCGGACUUUUCGUGCGAUGGAUCAAUUAAUCCUGCCGGAGACGGACUGGUUGAGAAGCAACCAGGAAUCCAUGGAGAACAUACUCAGGGAAUGGGUAGCGGGAAAGAAUUUCAAGGACCUCCCCAAGUGCAUGGAAACUUGAUAGCCCAGCAGCGUCGUGAAGUUGACAAGGAGCAUAUGCGAUGGGUUGGAGACAAGAUCAAAUAUCGAAUUCAGGGGAUCAGUGACGAAUACGAUGACAAGAUCCGGGAUUGUACUAUGAGAGUCGACGGGAUGGCCAUGGCAACCCAAUGGGCUCAAGGUGAAACGACCGUUGAAAUUGCAUUAGCGACGGGCCGGGAAUCCAAGCACAUGAGAUCUAUUGCUCUUGUCACAAUGGUCUUCCUUCCGGGCACUUUCUUUGCGGUAAAACCCCUUCUACACUUGGAUGGACUCGUCACUGACAUGUAUUUAUCCCUAGACCGUGUUUUCGAUGACAUUUUUUAA